AUGUUUUCCCUGCGCCAGCUGAGUGGGAAGGACGUGGGGCCGUACUUCUACAUCGGAGGGGGGAACGGGGGGCACCUGGUAGAGGACCUGUUAGUGCGGAUGGGCUGGCUGAGAAUCCAUGACAAGAACAGGGAGGACUUCAAACUCAAGUGGGUCGAGACUAAGAACCACAUCAACUACUACUGCUUCAAAGAAGGAGAGCAGCUGGUGAACAGAAUCCCCAACAAUGCCAUCCUGACCACUAAGAUUGGCCUGCUCAACAGUCUCCGUGAGUACGAGAGGGUCAUGGCCAAGGUCAAGAAAGGGCGCUACUGCAGACAUCUGAAGAUGGGAGACUUUUUUCCCGAGAGUUUCCGACUGGAUGUGAGAGACGAUCGGGAGGCUUUCUUCAACACUUAUCAAGAGGGUGAAACGUGGAUCUGUAAGCCAACAGGAAUGAAUCGUGGACGGGGAAUUUUCUUCAUCUCCAGCCAGGAGGAGGUGACGGCGCUACAAGAGCGGCUCGAGAUGAUGACACAGAACCGACAGAGGGCGCGCCUCCCCUUCAAGGGGCCCAUGGCUCGCAUCAUACAGAGAUACGUGAACAAGCCUCUGCUGCUGGAUGGAAAGAAGUUUGACAUCCGAGUGUACAUGCUGAUCGCCUGCACCAACCCUUACGUGGUGAUGUACCACCCCGGGUAUGUCCGACUCUGUGUGCAGGACUACAGCGCCGAAGAUCUCAAUGUCACCGCUCACCUAACCAAUCAGUGGAUUCAGAAGAAGGACCCGAACUAUGAGGAGGUGAAAGAUGAGACAGUCUGGUCCAUGGAACACCUGAAUGACUACAUCAACGAGACCCUGGCUGAUGACAAGGGGCUGCCACAGGACUGGGUGUUCAAUGGCCUCACGCGGAGAAUGAAGGAUAUCAUGUUACACUGCUUCCACAGCGUCAGACACAAGAUCCAAUGUCGCCUCGGCUACUUCGACCUCUACGGCAUCGACUUCCUCCUGGAUGAAGACAUGAAGGUGUACCUGUUGGAGAUCAAUGUGAACCCAGCUCUGCACACCAACUGUGAGGUCCUACAGGACGUCAUACCUCCUCUGGUGGAGGAGACUGUCAACGUGAGCCUGGACACGUUUGAGAAGAGCAGAAAGAACCAGUCCAUCCUGCCGCUCACCAGCAUGAAGAACUUCCAGAUCAUCUACAACGGAGACCCCAGCCUGCACCUACCCAAGAUACCUCCUGCACGGGGGCCAGAGGUCACAUAUCCCAGGUCACAGGUCACACCAAGAAAGACAAAGAGUGCGGCCCCUCCCAGAAGAAGACCCAUCACCAAACCACCUGGGGAGGGGGGCGCGGCUGAGAGCAACUCCACCGACCCUAAAGCCACCACCACAGCACCAAACAGUGUUAAAACCGCACAGCCCUCUAGCACCAAGCCUGCAACGUCUUCCACCUCACAAGACGCUACGUCCAAGACAGGGCCAGACGGAAGAAGGUCGACCUUCAAACCUGGCAUCCUCAAGUUUGCAGCUUCCCCUCCUCCGAAAAACUCGGCCAAGGUUCCUUGUACGGGAGUUAAGACGCGCUACACGACUGUGAAUAAGACAGUCCUGUUGCCACCGGGAAGUAAGGCGGCGUCAGCCACGGUUAAACCUGUUAGUGUAUCUACGCAGACGACGGAACUUGCUCAGAACAAUCCGGAAGCAAGUUAUGAAGUAAGCGAGAAGGGAGAAGGUUAGGACAUGUAUAUUAUUAGAUAAGUCAGGCCACAGUUAAGAGUUUCUCAGAUUUAAAAGGAAUUGAAAUUGGAAGAUAAAACAUGUAGGCCUGGGCUCGAAUUCCUUUUUUUUCUGCAUACAUGUACCUGCACAGGUGCAGGUAGCACUGAAAAUUACCUGCACCAGACACAUUUAAACUGAACCACUCUGAAUUUAUGAAGUAUGGAUCAUACUAAAAUUGUUCAGGAACCAUUGUUUUUUUUCUUCUAU